CACCGCGCCGCCCAAAUCAAUGACUAUGGUGACCCCUCCCCCUGUCGACCAGGUGGACGAUGAGAUGCUGGUCCCGAACUCGGAAUACGCUGAAGGUCCUCAGCCGAUGGAAGUUGCUCAAGCUGCCGAGCCUGCGACUACUACUGGGGAGAAUCAACAAGUAGAAGAUCCGCCCACAGGGAAAUUCACGUGGACUAUUGAUACUUUCUCAAGAUUGAACACUAAGAAGUGUUAUUCAGAUGUUUUUACUGUAGGAGGUUACAAAUGGCGGGUGCUAGUUUUCCCCAAAGGAAAUAAUGUGGACCACUUGUCCAUGUACCUGGAUGUCGCUGAUUCGGCGAGCUUGCCUUAUGGCUGGAGUAGAUACGCCCAGUUCAGCCUAUCUGUUGUCAAUCAAAUGCAUGGCAAGUACACUGUAAGAAAAGACACGCAACACCAAUUUAAUGCCCGGGAAAGUGACUGGGGUUUCACUUCAUUUAUGCCUCUAUCUGAGCUUUAUGACCCAAGUAGGGGAUAUCUUGUGAAUGACACUUGUGUUGUUGAAGCUGAAGUUACCAUCCGUAGGGUAGUUGAUUACUGGACUUAUGAUUCUAAAAAGGAGACGGGUUAUGUUGGUCUGAAGAAUCAAGGAGCUACAUGUUAUAUGAACUCCCUCCUUCAGUUUUUGUACCAUAUUCCCUAUUUCAGGAAGGCUGUGUACCAUAUGCCUACAACUGAGAAUGAUAUGCCAUCUGGAAGCAUUCCUUUGGCUCUGCAGAGCUUGUUUUAUAAACUUCAGUAUAGUGAUAGCAGUGUCGCUACUAAAGAGCUGACAAAGUCUUUUGGAUGGGACACAUAUGAUUCAUUUAUGCAGCAUGAUGUGCAAGAGCUUAACAGGGUGCUUUGUGAGAAGUUGGAGGAUAAGAUGAAGGGAACUGUUGUCGAGGGCACAAUACAACAAUUAUUUGAAGGUCACCAUAUGAACUACAUCGAGUGUAUUAAUGUUGACUACAAAUCUAGGAGGAAGGAGUCAUUCUAUGACCUUCAACUUGAUGUUAAAGGUUGUAAGGAUGUUUAUGCUUCAUUUGAUAAGUAUGUUGAAGUUGAACGGCUUGAAGCGGAUAACAAGUAUCAUGCAGAACAGUAUGGUUUACAGGAUGCUAAGAAAGGUGUUCUAUUUAUUGACUUCCCGCCUGUUCUGCAACUUCAGUUGAAACGUUUUGAAUAUGAUUUCAUGCGAGAUACAAUGGUUAAGAUAAAUGACCGUUAUGAGUUCCCAUUGCAACUUGACCUUGACAGAGAUAAUGGAAAAUAUCUUUCUCCAGAUGCUGACAGAUCAGUCCGCAAUCUUUAUACUCUUCACAGUGUUCUUGUUCAUAGUGGUGGAGUUCAUGGGGGACACUAUUAUGCAUAUAUCCGUCCUACUCUCUCAGAUCAGUGGUUCAAGUUUGAUGAUGAGCGAGUAACAAAAGAAGAUAUAAAGAGAGCACUGGAAGAGCAAUAUGGUGGUGAGGAAGAGUUGCCACAAACAAAUCCUGGAUAUAAUAACACUCCAUUCAAAUUUACGAAGUAUUCAAAUGCAUACAUGCUUGUGUAUAUUCGUGAGAGUGAUAAGGAUAAAAUAAUAUGUAAUGUGGAUGAGAAGGAUAUUGCUGAGCACCUUAGAAUACGGUUGAAAAAGGAGCAAGAGGAAAAAGAACACAAAAAGAAAGAGAAGGCUGAGGCUCAUCUAUAUACCAUAAUAAAGGUUGCACGAAAUGAAGAUUUGGCUGAACAAAUAGGGCGUGAUAUAUACUUUGACCUAGUGGACCAUGACAAGGUUCGCAGCUUUCGUAUUCAGAAGCAGAUGCCUUUCAGCCAAUUCAAGGAGGAAGUGGCCAAAGAAGUUGGUAUACCUGUACAAUUUCAGCGAUUUUGGCUGUGGGCCAAGAGACAAAACCACACGUACAGGCCUAAUAGGCCAUUGACUCCUCUGGAAGAAGCACAAUCUGUUGGACAGUUGAGGGAGGUAUCAAACAAGGCACACAAUGCAGAACUUAAACUCUUCUUGGAAAUAGAGCUUGGAGUGGAUUUACGUCCAAUUCCUCCACCGGACAAGACGAAGGAAGAUAUACUACUAUUUUUCAAGCUUUAUGAUCCAGAAAAGGAAGAGCUACGAUAUGUUGGUAGACUCUUUGUGAAAGGACUAGGAAAGCCAGCAGAAAUUUUAACGAAGUUGAAUGAAAUGGCUGGUUUUCCACCAAAUGAAGAAAUUGAAUUAUAUGAGGAAAUAAAAUUUGAGCCUACUGUUAUGUGUGAGCAUAUUGACAAGAAACUUACUUUCCGUUCUAGCCAGCUUGAAGAUGGUGAUAUUAUUUGUUAUCAGAAAUCCCCACCCUUAGAAAGUGAUGACCGAUACCGUUAUCCAGAUGUUCCUUCAUUCUUGGAGUAUGUCCAUAAUCGACAGGUGGUUCAUUUUCGGUCACUGGAGAAGCCAAAGGAGGAUGAUUUCUGUCUAGAAUUGUCAAAGCUUCAAACUUAUGAUGAUGUUGUAGAAAGAGUUGCUCGUCAUCUUGGUCUGGAUGAUGCAUCAAAAAUUCGUCUUACAUCUCAUAACUGCUACUCUCAGCAGCCUAAACCCCAACCCAUUAAGUACAGAGGUGUUGAGCAUCUUUCGGAGAUGCUAGUUCAUUACAAUCAGAUGUCUGAUAUACUGUACUAUGAAGUUCUUGAUAUUCCUCUGCCAGAGCUGCAAUGUUUAAAAACUCUUAAAGUUGCAUUUCAUCAUGCUACAAAGGAUGAGAUUGUAAUUCAUAGCAUCAGAUUACCAAAAAACAGCACUGUAGGUGAUGUUAUCAAUGAUCUGAAAACCAAGGUUGAGCUUUCUCAUCCUAAUGCUGAACUUCGAUUGCUUGAGGUGUUCUACCAUAAAAUAUAUAAGAUUUUUCCACCUACUGAAAAGAUAGAAAAUAUUAAUGAUCAGUACUGGACAUUACGCGCAGAGGAGAUUCCUGAGGAAGAGAAAAAUCUUGGCCCCCAUGACCGUUUGAUCCAUGUCUAUCACUUUAUGAAAGAUCCAAACCAGAACCAGAUGCAAGUUCAGAAUUUUGGAGAACCUUUCUUUCUGAUCAUUCAUGAAGGUGAGACUUUGGCUGAGGUCAAAACACGAAUUCAGAAAAAGCUUCAAGUCCCUGAUGAAGAGUUCUCUAAGUGGAAGUUUGCAUUCCUAUCUCUUGGCCGUCCCGAAUAUCUUCAAGAUUCCGAUGUUAUUUCUAGUCGAUUUCAGAGAAGAGAUGUUUAUGGAGCUUGGGAGCAGUAUCUUGGAUUGGAACAUGCAGAUACAGCCCCGAAAAGAGCAUACGCGGCCAGCCAGAACCGUCAUACAUAUGAGAAGCCUGUGAAAAUCUACAACUAGAUGUUAGUCCAUUCCCUCUCACCAUUGGGCAUCGGCACUGAUGCCAUUUGGCUCAACUCCAGAACAAAAGCACGAGAAUGAAGUGUAGUUUUUGAUAAAAAGCAGUUUUCUGCAAGCGUUAUUUUCCUCGUGGCUGAGAGAGGCUUUGGCAGCAGACAAUCAUCCCAUCUGUUUAUUUUCUCUCUUAAUUGAGGUCCCAGUAGCAGGAUAGAGGUUUUCUUGAUUUCCGGUGUAACUUAGUACAUAAGAAGAUUUUGGAUUAGAAAGAUGUAUACAGGGGUAUAGUCGCUUCUUGACUUGUUCAUUCUGUUCUGGUUCUUUUUCGAUUUGUUCUGAGGCGGAGUGGGAGGGUUUGUAUGAUGUCAUAAGAUAUUGUCAAUGGCUUCAGAAUUCAGCUUCAGGUAUUGUAAAAGGAACAGCUUGUCUCUUUAGUUUGAGCAUUAUUGAGAGGGCUCAUCAUCCGUGUUUUCUUC